AUGCAUAAUGUUUUGGCAUUCAGAUUCAACUACACAUCAAACAAACUCGAAUGUUUGGGACAAAGCCCAAAUAAUCGCAAAUACUUCAAUUACAACAACGCGACAAUCUCUCUAACACGGAAAGAAACACAAAAACACAACACAAUAUCAUCUUCUUUAGUAACCCCUCGUAACGACCAAUAUCUCAAGACCCUAUUGGAUUCUUCGCGUCCUUUCCUCCGAGGAGAGUUUGAGGCCAUCGACGAGAAACUUCCAUCAUUUGUGUCAGUUGGCGCCGGAGAAUGCUGGCACAAACAUGGAAAUUUCCUGGGACACCUUAUGGGUGUCUACCGAAUUCUAAAAAUAUGGGGUGUGCAAAAUGCAGUUUGCCUAUGCGGUCUUUUCCACUCCGCAUAUUCCAACUCUUACACUAACCUCGCGAUAUUCGAUCCCACUACUGGCCGCGACGUGGUUCGCGGCCACGUGGGACCUGAAGCCGAACGCCUCAUACACCUAUUCUGCAUUGUUCCUCGACAAAUCUUAAUCCACGACGACCUCUUGUUCAAAUACGUGGAUUCUGAACUUGUCGAGCACCUGAAACUGUCGGAAAUUUCGGUGAGCAAUGCAAAGGAGAAGCGGUUGUUCGAUGACGAUGAACCGUGGAGGAAAAAGAUCCAGUCGCUUGUGCCAUCAGAUGGGGUCAUACUCAAGCAUAUCAAAACAGGGGAAGACGUUCGAAUCUCACGAAGGCUCGUGGCGAUUUUUCUAUUGAUCACCAUGGCGGAUUUCAGCGAUCAAUUCUACGGAUUUCAGGAUAUUUUGUUUGGAAACACAAAUGGAAGAAUGGAAUUUUCAGGAAACGACUGGGAUGCCGGAAUAUGGCCAGGAAAUGGGAAACCAGGGCUAUGGAUGAAUUCGGUAUCCCGAAUGGGAGCAAUCUAUAGUCUUCUGGUAAGAGAAGAAGAGAUUUUCAUCCAACAGAGGAUGUGCAAUUCAAAUCAAUCUGAAACAGAAUCAAUAAAAGACAGAGAUGAAGAACUGAAGCUGGUAAUCCCUCCUGUCUUCAAUUACUGCACUAGAGUAUUAGAUUCAGAGGAGCAAAUAGCUGGUAGGGAAUUAUACUGGGAAGCAGUCUGCAAUGGUGGAAAUGAGAAGAAGGAGAAGGUUGAAAAGCUGCUGCUUGAUUCUAUAUUGAAGAAUCCAUUCGCGGGAGAACCUCAUGUGGUUCUAGGUCAAGUGUAUGCAGGACAGGGGAGAUUCGAGGAAGCAGAGAUGGAGGCCGAGAAAGGAGUAAGGUUGAUGUUGGAAUGGGGAAGCCCGUGGGAUAAGAGGGUGACUUGGGAAGGUUGGAUUGCUUGGGCUAGAGUUGUUCUCAUGAAGUCUAAAGACAAGUCUUGGCCAAACACUUCUUGGGGUAUCCUUAAUCUUGGUCUUGUCAAGUGAGUUGUUCAAUAUCAUGUCUUUCUUUUUCUUCUUCUUCAAGUUCUGUUUUCAAAUAAAACCAUCAUCAUCAUCUAGAGUUUCACUAAUCCAUAGUUGUAAUGAUCUUGAUAUAUUUGGUUAAGUAAUAAAUUUGUGUAGAUUGUGACUUGUA